AUGAACGCCGUCGUUUUCACAGCUGUUGCUCUCCUUUGUGUUGUUAACUAUGCCUUCGCUAUCUUGACUGAUCCGGGUUGGGUCCCUUCCUCUUUCAUGCCCGAUAUCGAAGAUUCUGAUAACCCAGUCCACGAGAUCAAACGCAAAGGAGGAGACUUGAGAUAUUGCCAGAAGUGCUCUCACUUUAAGCCUGCACGUGCUCAUCAUUGCCGUGUUUGCAAAAGAUGUGUGUUGCGAAUGGACCAUCAUUGCAUUUGGAUAAGUAAUUGUGUGGGCCAUGCAAACUAUAAGGUCUUCUUCGUCUUCGUUCUGUAUGCUGCAAUUGCAUGCAUCUACUCCCUGGUCUUGCUUGUUGGUAGCCUAACUGUUGACCCUCAAAAAGAUGAGCUGCAGAGUGGUGACUCUUUCAGAACCAUAUAUGUUAUUUCUGGGCUGUUGCUAGUUCCGUUAAGUGUAGCACUAGGGGUUCUUUUGGCUUGGCAUGUCUACCUCAUUUUGCAAAACAAAACUACAAUCGAGUACCAUGAAGGGGUGAGAGCUAUGUGGCUAGCAGAGAAAGGAGGGCAUGUCUAUAAGCACCCAUAUGAUGUGGGUGUUUAUGAAAAUCUGACUAUGGUCUUGGGUCCAAGUAUCUUCUGCUGGGUGUGCCCAACAUCAGGACAUAUUGGUUCAGGUCUCCGCUUCCGUACAGCCUAUGAUAGUAUAACCAGUGCAUCGGGUGUGCAAGACAGAACUGUCCAAGACUGGACGAUUGUUGAUAUUGAGAUGCUUUCAUUCAUCCCCCAUUUAUCUCUGCCAACCCCCUCGAAUUACCGCCACUCAACCAUAGAACCAAGAGUCUAG